AUGGCUGAUAGUGGUGGUGAUGUUGGUAGCCGGUUGUUUCUGUUGGUUGUUGGUGGGACGAUGCGUGCCAACAGUGGUGUGUGGGAUGUUGUAUGGUGUAUGGUUGGACGUUGGACAAGUUUGGAAAGAGUAUUCGCUGAAUUGUUAGCGGGGUGUAAAAACCAUAGUGUUGAGCACUCUCAUUGGUCAAAAGAUCGUUUGUUUCUUUUGUUAGCGAUCGUAACCACAAUUUAUAUGAUAACAACAUUAAACUACAGAUUCUUUCUAAAAUCUGGUGGGGUCGAAGCUUCGACCAUAAGAGAAGCUAAUGAUUAA